GUUUGUCCAGUUUCGCUGGUUUGACUUUUCGCAGCAGCGGAGUUUGCGGUUCCCUUCCCAUGCGGCGCUUGUGAAGCUCGUCGACCCGCGGUGGGGGUGCUCCCACACCGGCCACAUGCGCGAGACUUUCCUCCUCCCCCCGCCCCGGGCCGUGUGACGAAGGGGUCGCCACACCGCAGAGUCCCCCCGGUGCGUCGGUCGGACGAGGCGGCAGGUGCACCCGCGAGAGGUCGGGCAGGAAACGGAGGGGGAGGGCAAAUCAACUGGUUGGCUUCUUCGUCCAUUGGCGAGCGCGUCUGUCGAGUCCCCGAGUCUCCGUCUCGUGCGCCUGCCGACCGACCGAGUGACUCCUCGGCCCGGGGAGACGACGGGGCUCUCCUCGGCCGCCGUCGCGGGACUCCGUCCUCUCACGGAGGAAGGAAGGAAGGAAGGAAGCAAGGAAGCAUGAUGGGCUUUUUGCGCCGGACGUUCAGCCUCCGCUCGAGGAGCCGUCGCCAGGCGAGCGAGAGGGACGAGGGGGACGGGCCGGCCGGAGGAGGGAACCCCCUGCUCACGGCCCACCAGCAGCAGGUCGUCCACGCGCCCGCCGUGGUCACCGGCGGAGCGGCCGUGCACAUCCCGGCCGCCGGCACCGCGAGCAGCGCCAUCACCUGCCGGGUCCUGCUGCUGGACGGCUCGGACGUCAGCGUGGAUUUGCCCAGCAAAAGCAAAGGCCAGGAGCUUUUUGACCAAAUCAUGUAUCACAUAGAUCUGGUGGAGGCGGAUUACUUCGGGCUGCAGUACAUGGACGCGGACCAGGUCUCGCACUGGCUGGACGUGUCCAAGCAAAUCAAGAAACAGAUCCGAGAUGGUCCGCCGUUCCGACUCUUCUUCCGAGUAAAGUUUUACUCCUCCGAGCCAAAUAACCUGCGUGAGGAAUUUACAAGGUAUCUGUUUGUGCUGCAGCUCCGACAGGACAUUCUGUCUGCCAAAUUGAAAUGUCCGUAUGAUGUCUCAGUUGAGCUGGCUGCAUAUUGUUUGCAGAGCGAGCUGGGCGACUGCGAUCCUUUGGACCACUCCCCCGAGCUGGUGUCGGAGUUCCGCUUCGCUCCCAAGCAGAGCGCGGCCAUGGAGGCGGACAUCUUCGGCAGGUGGCUGGAUCUCAGGGGGAAGAGUCCGACUCAAGCCGAGAUCUCCUUCCUCAACAAAUGCAAGUGGCUGGAGCUCUACGGCGUCGAUAUGCACUUUGUGAAGGGGAGAGACGGCGGGGACUACGCGCUGGGUCUCACGCCUACUGGCAUCCUGGUGUUCGAGGGCUCCAACAAAAUCGGCCUCUUCUUUUGGCCCAAAAUCACUCGUCUGGACUUUAAAAAGAGUCGACUCACUCUGGUGGUGGUGGAAGAUGACGAUCGGGGCCGCGAGCAGGAGCACACGUUUGCGUUCCAGCUGGCCAGCGCCAAGAGCUGCAAGCACGUGUGGAAGUGCGCCGUGGAGAGCCACGCCUUCUUCCGGCUCCGCCAGCCGACCGCGGGCAAGGCGGGCCGCGGCGACUUCACGCGACUCGGCUCGCGCUUCAGAUUCAGCGGUAAAACGGAGUACCAGGCGACGCACGGGAGCCGGCUGAGGAGGGCCAGCACCUUCGAGAGGCGGCCCAGCAGACGAUAUCCCUCCCGCACGCAGUCGCUGGGCAAGGUCUCUGCCAUUUCGCCAGCCAAGCCGCCACGCAUCAGCCCCGAUCCCGGCCAACAUGCGUACCGGCACAACAUCCCGCCGGCGGCGCACGAGGCGUGGCGCCCGGCCCGCUCCGCCUACACGCCCGCCGUUUACCUGCAGCCCUCCGGACACACGGCGCCGCACAGCUUCCCUCCGAGCGCUCCCGCUCGCGACCUCCAGCUGAGCGCGGAAGAGAACGAGGCGUCGUGUUCUGCCGAGCUCCGCCGCCGCCGCCGCCACGCGCACUGCGAAAUCCUGUGUCGGGCUUCGUCGGCGUGUCCGCGCGAGGCCGCCGAGUCGGACGGCGAGUGUCCCGCGUGGCCCUCGCUCUGCAUCAACAUGGACAACAAGGGAGAAGAGAAGCGGAUUCCGGAAAAAUCUCUCCGCCCCUCCGCCGCUUCCUCCCCGGCGCUGCUUCCAAACCACCUCAAGUGUAACAUUCUUAAGGCCCAGAUGGAGGCGGCUUUCGGGAAGGACGGCUCAACGAGUCCAAGAGGGAAGAACUCCGAUGUGCCUCUCAAGGACAGGUAUCAAACCUCUUCGCAAGACUCGUCCGCGUCCAGUUUGCCCGCCGACAAAAUGUCCCCGAGACCGGACGUCCGUUCGGCGUCCGAGAGGCUCCGGCCGCCGUCCGGCUCGUGCGCCAGCCGCAGGAAACGUCUCGUCAGACAGUUCAGCUUCGACCACGGAGACGAAGACAACCUUCCGGAAGCUCUCGCAGCCAUCUCUUGCGAGAGCGCGGCCCAGUCCGGCUCGUCCGGUUCACCGGACCGACAGAUCCAGCCGUCCGUUUACCCGCAGGUGGACAAGGUGCCAGCACUGGAAGUUGCUAGUCCGUGCCGUGUGUCCCCUUUGCCCUCUCCCCACCUCUCUCCUUCGUGCUACUGUAGCCCCCUCCCUCGCUCGGCCCCUUACCUUGCGGCCCAUCACGACAGCGGAGAGGAAGCGAGGCUGGACCGAGAGAAGAUCCUGCGAGCCCUCUUGAUGACCGAGCUGUGAGCGCCUGUCGCUCGACGCCGUGAUGUGCGAGCGGGACACCCGAAGCGUCGACUGCAAUCAACUUUUCUCUUUUUUUGUGUGCGUGCGUAUUUCACGGAUUCAUUUGCAACAUGCAUUCAUAACGCAAGAACGUGUAUAAGUACAGUGGCUAUAAAAACUCCGCGCUCUCCUGUUCGGAUGCUCGUCUUUUUUUUUUUUUUUGCAAGAUGAAUCAUUUCAAAACUUUUCCAGCAUGACCACCUACAAGAGCAGGGGUGUGUAGACUUUUUAUACCCACUGAAUUUGCUUUCGUAUUCCUUUCGGCUCGCUUGAAUGUCUUUCGGUUCGGGGGUGUAAUCCAAUUCCUCGAUUGAUUAUUUUAAUACAGUAUUUUCAAAUAAUGACCAUCAAAUUAGCUCGAUUGUCAAUUAUAAUGAAUAAUCCAACUUUUCAUUUGACAUUGAUUUUUUGGGGGGGUUUUUUUUAAAUCAAAUUGCUGUUGUCUUAAGCGUCCACCAGGAGGAGACAAAUGCGCCCCGCUGGUCAAAGAAGUGUUCAGUUCUGCUGCACUGCGCCGCAGCGUGUCCUCGGUUUACGACGCAGUUGCGCUCCCACUGCGGCGACGUAACCCGACUUCGUACGUAAGUGCGAAGCAUCGCUACCGCCAGCUUUCCAUAUGUCCCUUUUCCUCGCUCGGUCAUCUCCGCUAAUAAUAAUAAUGUCAUAAUGAAUGUAGAUGUCAUAAAACCGUACGCGACUUACAGUUCAGAAUCGAUAUUGAUCUAAAAUGAACAUCCAUGUCCUGGAAGUAAUGCUACAAAGUAGGCACGUGCACGCAUAGAACCCGAGUGGUGCUCAGCAGCCCUGGAUGGAGAAAAAAGGGCCCUUUUUGCCUUGUCAUUCAUCAAUAUUAAAAAACAAACAAACAAAAAAAACCUUCUGUGUCAUCAAUUCCACCCAAAGUGUUGUGAUAUCUUUAUUUGAGUCCUUGGCAGAGUUAUAUACAUAAUUAUAUAUAUGACAGUGAUGCCUCGGAAUUAUUAUCAUUAUUUUCUAAUGUCACGAAAAGCCUACUAGAACAACUGAGAUUGAUUUGGUGUUAAUCGGGGGCAGUUUAAAUGGUGGCAGCUGCGUGUUGACUCCAAUUUCUGACUUUCAAUGUGAUUGCGCAAUUAUGAACAGAGCCACAUCCUCAUUUAGAAGAGGGUGUGUGCACUUGCACAACCACGUUUCAGUUUUUUUGUUCAUUUUUACUUACCCUCGCUAAAAUGUUUUUUUGUUGUUGUUGUUGUUGUUG